UAGACGUCAUUAGCCGGCCAGCGUGGUUAUCCAACGGUCGUUUCGUUGAAGUAAACGGAAAAACAAUAAACAAUAAUUAAAUCAAAAAGCAAGUGAAAAAAUGUGGGGAAGCGGAAUGAAAAAUGGUGGAGAAGGAGGUUUUAUGGACGAGAGUUACAAUACAAGUGCCCAAACGACGCAAAGAGAUGAUGCAAAGAAAGAUGCAAACAAAGCAAUUAUCCCAGUUAUGAUUGGCCCCUUACUGAUGGAACCACCACAAUCUAUGCCAAAUUAUGAUAAAAUUCAAAAUUCAAUUCUUCGUAUUGUUGGUGUUGUCACAAAAAUCGUUGAGGCAACAACCAAACUGGCUAUUGAAAUCGAGGAUGAAACAGCAAAAAUCAUAGCCUACCGUUGGUUGGAAUCAGACGAUACAACCAUCAAUGUAAAAGUCGGGCAAGCUGCAGUUGUGCAUGCACAUUUUCGUGAAACUGGAGAGGAAAUUCCACAUUUAUUCAUUCUCGCUAUUCGUCCAGUGAGUAGUUAUGGGGAAUACUUCAAUCAUCUCCUGGAAGUUCUCCUAUCAGCACGUAAUUCCUCCAACGAAGCUGCUAGCGCGGCUACCGAUGUAGCCAACGAGACUAUGGCCAAUGGCUUGAACCCAGAGCAAGCCCAAAUUUUUAAGAUCAUCAAGGAUGUGGACGAGGAUGAUAUCGGAAUCGAGAGGUCAACGCUGAAGGCACAAGUUCCGUCGCUCUCUUCAGCUAAAGUCGAUACCAUUUUGGAUUUCCUCGUUUCCGAGGGACACAUCUACACAACACGCACGGAUGAUCACUUCAAGGCCACAUAAGCCAAGUCAAACAAAUUAUUCUAUUUUCUUUAUUCCUAUUACCCUAUGAGAGUACGUACAUUCUGGGAAUUGUACGUGUUGAUAAUUUUUUUUUUAUACUAUCGUUUUUUGUUUCAUUUUUUUUUAAGGCCACACCAGCCAUGUCAAACAUAAUUGUAUUUUCUUCAUUCCCUUACCUUAGAAAAGCAAGCACAUUCUUGGAGUUGUACGCGGCGAUAAGUUUUGUUUACUAUACUAUCGUUUUUGGUUUCCUCUUUUCUCUGAAAAUAUGAAAAAUUUCGGUGAGAUCUACCUGAAUGUUUUUCAUCGAGAGAUAAUGAAUCGUUAAAACCUACUUAUUUGAUUAAUCAUAACAGUUACAAAAUAGUUGUUACAGAAAUACACUGUAAGAAAUAGAGAAAUAAAUUCUGUUUAAAUUUUUUGUAAAAAA